AUGAAGACAGUAGCUUCUUUCCGAGUUGUUUGCUUAGUGCUCGUCAUUUCCUGGGAAAUUUCGACAACCGUUAAGGGGUCCAAUCUUCACAUACCUCUUUACCGAAAACAUGGAGUCCAGAAAGCUAGAAAAACAGACCCCGCAGCUCUCCAAGCCUUUGCACUCCGGAAUAUUGAAAGUUUUCAGUCGAAGUAUCUGUCUUCGGCGCUAAGCAGUCAUCCAACCCACGCACCAGGGGAGGGCUUGAAAGCAUACCGGCGUUCAGUUUCACCAUCUGAAGCACUGGAUUCAGUUGUUGCAUUGAAAAAUGAAUAUUCAGACACGGAUUAUUAUUCUCAAAUCCAGAUUGGAACGCCUCCACAAACCUUUAACGUCGUACUGGAUACGGGGUCAGCAGAUCUUUGGGUUACAGGUCGAGAUGCCACAACCUUGAGUGAAAGUGGCGGGGAUGGAUCACCAGCUGUGUUCUACAUGUCAAAUUCUUCUACAUCCUUCAAAAAUUCUAGCGAGGGCUUCCAAAUCACAUACGGCUCUGGCUCUGCUUCUGGGGUCGUGGGUAUCGAGCAGGUCCGUCAAGGCCCAUAUUCUGCUGUUGAACAGAAGUUUGCCAUUGUCCAAAACAUUUCAUCCUAUCUACUAGCAGAUCAAAUAUCCGACUCAAGCUUAUACUCUGGAGAAAUCACGUUUACAAAGGUUAUUGAUGAAGGAUAUUGGGCCAUCAAGCUGGAUGCGGUUAGCGUGGAUGGGGAGUUGGUCGAUGGGAGUGAAGGUAACUCGGCUGCAGUUGAUACUGGCACUUCGCUGAUCGGAGGCCCAGCUGCAGUAGUGAGAAAAUUGUUUAGCAAAGUGCCCGGGGCUCGUCCAGGUUCAGGUGUAUACCGAGGGUACUACACCUAUCCGUGCAAAUCGAGCUUCAAUCUUACCCUUAGUGUUGGAGGUCAAAUAUACACGAUUGAUCCAGUCGACAUCAACUUGGGAUCGAUUGAUGGAAAUCAGAUGGAGUGUUUGGCGGGAAUUUUCAGUAUCAAUGAACGCUCGGCGAUGAAAUCCAAAGGCGCGCCGAAACACCCACUGCCGGAUUGGAUCCUAGGCGCCGUGUUUCUAAAAAAUGUGUACAGUGUCUUCCAACGUGGACCACCGGCUGCAGUAGGCUUUGGAAGACCUUCAUCAGACUACCAAGUCUUGUUGGGCGGUUUGGACAUAACUGGUCACCGGGGAUUACCCAGCGAAGUCACCAACCGAGCAAGCCAGAUGCCGGCCACCUCAGGAACCGGCGCGGACGUUUUUCAAUAA